CACAACAAUGACAGCACUGCCGGGCUGUUGCAAGCUUCACGCCACUCGCUCACAGAACAGGGCAGUUGUAAAGACCGCCGCUCGGCUCUGCUGCACUCUAACCUGGAAGUGCAACUAGAUAAGCUUGCAGGGUACAGCCCCAAACUAUCAGGAAUCAGGUGCUUCCUGACACAGGGCGACUGUCGCCAUGGCUCUCAGCUACCUGGAACGCUGUCUUGUGUGGGGGCUGCGCGGCCUCGCCUGGCUCCUCUUCGCUGUAUUCCGGCUGUUCGGACCGAGACGCCCACCCGGGUUGCCCCGCCUCGCGCCCGUCAGUAACCCUCUGCUGCUGCUGUCCGGGGUCCAGCUGGCGCGCAAGAUCCGCCGCAGGGAGGUGUCGUGUAUGGAGGUGGUCCAGGCCUAUAUUGACAGAAUACAGGAGGUGAAUCCGCUGAUCAAUGCAAUGGUCAAGGACAGGUUCCCCGCAGCCCUGCAGGAGGCGGCCCAGGUGGACCGGCUGGUGCGGGAGGAGAGCGGGGACGAGGACAGCCUGCAGGACCGGCUCCCUCUGCUGGGCGUGCCCCUCUCGGUGAAGGAGGCUUUCGCUCUGCAGGGAAUGCCACAGACCUCGGGCCUGCUGUCUCGUAGAGGGCUAAUCACACGAUGUGAUGCCUCGGCUGUGGCUCUGUUGAAGAGGGCAGGAGCCAUACCGUUAGGAGUUACCAACACCAGUGAGGUCUGCAUGUGGCUGGAGUCCAGCAACUGGCUGUAUGGUACCACCAACAACCCCUACAGCACCGAUCGCAUUGUGGGAGGGAGCUCUGGUGGAGAGGGUUGUAUCCUUGGCAGUGCUGGCUCAGUUAUUGGGAUUGGCUCCGAUAUUGGGGGAAGUAUCCGUCUCCCAGCUUUCUUUAAUGGCAUCUUCGGACACAAGCCCACUCCAGGUAUUGUACCCAAUGAGGGUCAGUUCCCUUGUGCCUCUGGUCUGCAGAAUAACUUCCUAUGCACAGGUCCCAUGUGCCGCUAUGCUGAGGACCUGCUACUCAUGCUGCGGGUUAUGGCUGGGCCCAACGCGCAGAGGUUAGACCUGUCCUCAGACGUUGACUUGAAGAAGCUUAGGUUCUUCUCGGUUCCUCAUGAUGGCGGCUCUAUUUUUGUGUCCCCCAUCGACAUGCAAUUAAUUGAAGCACAGAAAAAGGUAGUGGAGCGACUUGAAGCUGACUUAGAAAUCAAAGUUCAACGAGUGCAGAUACCACAGCUCAAGUACUCUUUCCAGAUCUGGAGUGCCAUGAUGUCAGAACAGGACGAGGAAGGCAGGUGCCCGAAGUCUUUCACAGAGCUGCUGGGGGAUCAUGGGAAGCCAGUAUGGCCAUUCUGGGAGCUGGUCAAGUGGACCGUGCGCCAGUCGUCACACACCCUCGCAGCCAUCGGACUGGCGAUAUUGGAGAGGUUUCAGAGUGCACAGCCCAGCCAGUUUGUGCUACAGAAGAAAAAGGAGCUAGAGACACAGCUGGAGAAGAUGCUGGGGUCAGAUGGAGUGCUACUGUACCCCACAUACCCCCAUAUCGCCCCAAAACACCACCACCCUCUCUUCACUCCCUUCAACUUUGCGUACACAGGGAUCUUCAACAUCCUGGGGCUCCCAGUGACACAGUGCCCAGUGGGCCUGAGCCGCGAAGGGCUGCCACUUGGCCUGCAGGUCAUUGCCAACAAGCACUGUGACCGCUUGACCAUCGCCACUGCAGUGCACCUGGAGAAGGCCACCGGGGGCUGGAGGGACCCUGGCGCUGUAUGAACACUGCUUUUCAUUAGAACUAACUGUGUGUCUGUCUGUCUGCACUCUCACAAGGACUGUCUUCUGCCUCCAGUAUACUGUCUGUCUGCUGUACAAUCACUAACUGUCUGCACUACUUUCUCAAGGACUGUCUGAAGGGGGUGGAGGGGAGACCCCAUUACCUGUAAAGCGUUUUGAGUGGAAUGUCCAGAAAAGCGCUAUAUAAGUGUAAGCUAUUAUUAUUAUUAUUAUUAUUAUUAUUAUUAGGACUGUCUGCACUCUCACGAGGACUGUCUUCUGCCUCCAGUAUACUCACGGGGACUGUCUGUCUGCUGUACAAUCACUAACUGCCUGCACUACUUUCUCAAGGACUGCCUGUCUGCACUCUCACAAGGACUGCCUGUCUGCACUCUCACGAGGACUGCCUGUCAGUAGUACUCUCAUGAGAAUUGUCUGUAUGUCAGUCUGUCUGCACUACUCUCACGAGUACUGUCUUCUGUCUCCAGUUUACUCACGGUGAAUGUCUGUCUGCACUGUUCUCUCAAGGACUGUCUGUCUGCUGUUCACUUAUUAGCACUGUCUGCACUGCUGUCACUAUGACUAUCUUUCUGUCAGCAGUAGUCUCAGGAGGACUGUCUGGUGGCUUGUCUGCACUACUCUCACAGGGUUUGUCUGUCUGCACUACUCUAACGAGGUCUGUCUGCAUGUCUGCAGUACUUUGUGACUGUGUCACCUUAUUGUGUUUUUGUCUACUUUCAGUCAUGGAAUGAAUUUUGCUUUUCAGAGAUCCAUUAAUGUACUUUUGUAAGGUACUCCUUAGAAGUUCAACAAAAAAUGGCCAAUAGAAUUGUACAAAUAUAAUAAGAGUGAUUAAUAAAGAUCUCAAUAUGGCUAAUAAA